AUGGCUCGCUCACUUUGAAGGUUUUCCUUUCCGCGGAUCCUGAUAAGAAGGAGGAAGUGAAAAUUUUCCCAGUGCAGCGUCCUUCCCUCGACGGGCAAGAGAAGCAGCGGAUCCGUUUAUUGUGUCUUCUGCUGAUUUAAAAUUUUAUAAGGCCUUAUAAGAAAAACGGAAAAUCGAAUCACCAAGAAAUGGCUUGUCCAUUUGCAAGGCCGGCCCCCACGGAAGGAUUCACCCGGCAGCCGUCGAUUUCCGAGGGCCACGGAUGGAAUCUGGACGAAGAUCUGAGCGAAAUUCCGGACGAUGCCCUGGCCCUAACCCAUCUGAACGCUGCCAUCCAAUUGCUCACUGCCCCAUCGAACGAAGAUGUAUACGAAGCGUUGAUGUCACUAAUCCAGAAGUACAGCAACAGGUGGCCUGGACUGGCAAAGCUAAAAUCCGAUAAAAACUCUUUGUCCAUCUAUCCACAUUACGACUAUUUGGCCGAUGUGCAGGACAACUUGAAUCAAAUUGAUGAUACCGCGGCAUGCGACAUUCUGGUUCUUCUGGGCGAGGAGCUGAUCCACAAAUCAUGUGUGGGCCUCAUCGAGCGUGCAUUCAAAUGUAUGGGCUCCAACCUUCAGGAGUUCCUCGGUUCCCUAGACGGAGUCUACGACGUAUUGAAGCUACAGGAAGAGGACAUCUCCGAUACGGGGUUCGUUUGUGCCGGCGAAGGGGAACUGAUCUUCACUUCGGAACGUCCCGUCUUGGCUUGGCUGUUGUUGGGAUGUUUGCAGGCCCUGAGCCGUCUGUUGUUCCACUCGGAGCCGCAGAUCGACAUGGAACCGAUCGAAGGAGAUGUACCGAGAUAUCGGUAUCUGUUCAAGCUAGACGAUUUGGAGGAACGCGUGAGCACUCCGCUGGUUGACGAUGGCCGAAUGCCGGGAGCUAUGCGAGAGAGUGUGUCGUCGGAUGCCAAGGAUCUGAAGAUGGAUAAUGAUUUCUUCUGUAAGGCAUUUCCGUGGCACUUUGUAAUGGAUGAAAACCUGGAUCUGGUUCAGGUUGGUCAAGGUUUUAGCCGAUUGUUUAAGAAUUAUAUGGCGACUAGUGGGCUGUCGGCUUGUACUUACUUUCGCUUCAAGCGACCUCGUGGUCUGUCGCUGAAGUUUAGAGAAAUCGUGCGUCGUACGAAUACGCCUUUCAUGAUAUCUCUACGCGCACCUCCAGGUCGUCCGGAUUUCUUCGCCAAGGGGCUGGAGAUCAAGGGACAGAUGGUUUUCUGUCCGGAGUCAAACUCACUGCUGUUUGUGGGUUCGCCCUUUUUGGAUGGUUUAGAGGGGCUGACCUGCAAUGGUCUUUUCAUUUCCGAUAUUCCACUGCACGAUGCCACGAGAGAGGUCAUUUUGGUCGGAGAACAGGCCAGGGCUCAGGACGGGCUGCGACGUCGUAUGGACAAGCUGAAGAGCUCUAUUGAGGAAGCAAAUUCGGCAGUUAUCAAGGAACGGAAGAAGAAUGUCAACCUGUUGCAGCUGAUGUUCCCGGCUGAAAUUGCUGAACGAUUGUGGUUGGGAGCGCAAAUUGAUGCCAAGACCUAUCCGGACGUAACGAUGCUGUUCAGCGAUAUCGUUGGAUUCACCAGUAUUUGCUCGACCGCUACACCGUUCAUGGUCAUCAGCAUGCUGGAGUCGUUAUACAAGCACUUCGACGAGCUGUGUGGAUUCUUCGACGUCUACAAGGUGGAAACCAUUGGGGAUGCCUAUUGCGUAGCCAGUGGUCUUCAUCGGGCGAGCAUCUUCGAUGCUCAUAAGGUAGCAUGGAUGGCUCUUCGGAUGAUCGAAACCUGCUCUCUCUUCAAAACUCAUGACGGGAAGCACAUUCGGAUGCGCAUCGGCCUACACACCGGUACCGUUCUGGCCGGAGUCGUCGGGCGCAAAAUGCCUCGCUACUGUCUGUUCGGCCACAACGUGACCAUCGCCAAUAAAUUCGAAUCCGGGAGCGAGGCCUGCAAGAUCAACAUCAGCCACACGACUAAGGAUUGGCUGAUCAAACAUCCGGGCUACGAGUUCCUGCUCGAUCCGCGGGAUCCGUCCUGUGUGCCGAAGGAAUUUACCGAGGGCCGGGGCCAGACGUGCUACUUCCUGGACGGGUACAAACAUCCUACCGGCACCACCGAGGGAUCCUCGCUGCAGGAACAUAUCGAAGCGGCGAUGAAGCAAACGAUGCUGGAUUCUAACGAGGUCAUUAUCGUGGAGGAAAACCAAUAGGUUGUUCGGAUCGGAUUUAGCGAAAUUUAGAAUGUUCGGAACAAAUUUUCCCCAUGGAUUACGCAGGAUUUGCUAGAAUCAUUUGGUAGAUUUCAUCAUCAUGUGGCAAACGGCAUAGCAAGUAGCAAUAUUUUAUGUGAACUAUUAUAGGAAGAGACUAUCUCACUAUGAAUUGUUGUAAUGAUCGUUGUAUGAUUUAUUUUAUUGACUAAUAAAUGUGUUAUGUUUCGGAUAAAAUAUAAA